AUGCAGAAAGUAAUUGAAUGUGUACCAAAUUUUUCUGAAGGUCAACGAAAAGAGAUUAUUGAUACAAUAGCCCAUGCUAUUGCAGGUGUUGAAGGUGUUGCCUUACUUGAUAUUGAUCCAGGCUUGUCAACAAAUCGAACAAUCUAUACCUUUGUUGGACAUCCACAAGCUGUAAUUGAAGCAGCUCUAGCUGCUGGUCGAGCUGCAUAUAAUUUAAUUGAUAUGACGAAACAUAGUGGUGAACAUCCUCGUAUUGGAGCAAUGGAUGUUGUACCAUUUGUACCUGUACAAAAUGCAACAAUGGCUGAUUGUAUUGAUAUAGCACGUGAAUUUGCUGAUCGUUUAGCUAUGGAACUUAGUGUACCUGUUUAUUUGUAUGGUGAAGCACAAGAACGAGAAUAUCGUCGAGACUUAUCUCAAAUUCGUGAUGGAGAAUAUGAAGCACUUUAUAAUAAAAUUCGAAAACCAGAAUGGCAACCAGAUUUUGGGCCUAGUGAAUUCAUUCCGACAUGGGGUGCAACAUGUGUUGGCGCACGAAAAUUUUUAAUUGCAUAUAAUAUCAAUUUACUUGGUACAAAAGAACAAGCUCAUCGUAUUGCAUUAAAUGUUCGUGAACAAGGACGAAGCAAAGAAGAACCAGGUAAAUUACAAUGUGUUCGUGGUCUUGGUUGGUGGCUUGAAGAAGCAAAUUUAUCUCAAAUCUCACUUAAUUUAACAGAUUUUGAAAUAACAAAUAUACAUACAGCUUAUUUACAAUGUGUAGCCGAAGCUGAAAUGUUAAAUAUAGGUGUAUGUGGUUCACAAAUAGUUGGUCUUGUACCAUUACGACCAUUACUAAUGGCUGCAGAAUAUUUUAUUAAAAAAGAAAAUUUAUUUAUUCUUGAUGAUGAUCAAAAACUUCGUUUAAUUAUACAACGUUUAGGUUUAAAUUCUAUAGCACCAUUUAUACCAAAAGAACGUAUUAUUGAAUAUAUUAUACGUGAUCGUGAAGGACAUGAUGACACAAUUAAUUCAAUGGAAAUAAAAGAUUUAAUUAAACAUAUCAGUGCACGUACAUUAGUACCUGGUGGUAGUUGUGUUACAUCACUUGUAGCAACACUUGGUACAGCACUUAGUACAAUGUGUGCAUUACUUACAUAUGGAAUGAGAAAAUGGGAAUCAUUAGAACCAGAAAUGCGAAUAAUCAUCGCACCAUUACAUACAACUACGAAAAUAUUAAUGGAUACUUUAGAAACCGAUACGGAACUUCUUAAUGCAUAUAUGACAGUACAAAAAAUGGCAGAAACAAAUGACGAAGAAAAACAUUUUAAACAAAUAACCGAAGAUCGUUGUUUACAACGAUGUCUUGAGGUUUCAAUGGAUGUCAUGCGUCAUAUUAAUGAUUUAUGGGAACCACUUCAACGAUUAGCAUCAUUAUUUAACAUAAGUACAAAAGCAGAUUUUCUUGUUGGUAUUAAAUGUCUUGAAACAGCAAUAUAUGGUGCAUGUAAACGUAUUGAAAUAUUUUCUUUAUCAUUACUUAAAAGUACUGAUAAUAAUAAUGAUAACGAAUUACAAACAAAAAAAUCACAAAACAGUUAUCAAGAAGAAGCAAAUAUGUACUUUCAAAAAGCACAAAAAUCUAUUCAAAUUAUAUUAAACAUAGCUGAAUCUCGAAUUGAAUAA